UGGUCCUGCUUCAGCACCGCUGAACUGCAGAACUUCCUCCAGAUCCUCAAUCGGGAGGAGGCCGACUAUCGCCGCCGUAUCCAACUGAAGUACGAAAUCCGUGGCCGCGAGAUUCGUCGCCUGAUGAAAUUGCGGGCAAAAUCCAACCCACAAAAAGACCCUGAGGAGACCCAGCCGGACACUGCGACGGCGACGACGGCGGCCGGUGAUGCACCGGAGGCGGAGAGCGUUCAGGACAGCAGCCCUAAAAGUAAUACAAGCUGUACUCUUGCUUGA